AUGCGGCGAAAUCUACAUUUAGAGGUGUUUUUAAAAAUCAUUGUUGAAGAUAUGCAGAAACCAAUGUUGUUGCAUAGUGUGGCGCCAAGUUAUGAAGUUGUUAAAAGGUUUAAUAGAAAUAUACUCACAAUUGCCUUAGUAGUGAAUGUCGAUACAGAACUUGCCAUACUCGCCGAAACACUAAAUCUAAUGCUUCAGAAACGUGUCUUACUCAUCUGCGGUGAAGAGCAAGCGGCGCGAGAACGCGAAGCGUAUUUAACUCGUCUCUUUCGUUUAUGCGAAACGAAAAAAAUGCUUAAUGUUGUGAUGAUUUUUAGCGAUUUUUCGAGCACAAAGACAUUUCACAGUUACACGAUAUUUCCUACAUUUCACAGCGAGCGAAAAUCGUACGCCACGGCAGAUGUGGUAGUGUUUCCACGUCGUAUGAGCGAUCUACACGGUUAUGGCAUACGCACAAUGCCCGAUCAAUUGUUUCCCUACUCAUAUGCUGACAACAUAGAUGGACGCGUAAAAGUUGCCGGUCUGAUGCCGGUAAUUUUGGGUACAUUUGCCGCGAGCAUAAAUGCAACACUUACCUACCCAAUGCCAGUGAUUGUUGGUGAAACACAUCAGCAGGCCGGGUUCGACGAGAUGAUAAAAAGGAAUGAGUUGGAUAUACCAGCUGCGCGCAUGGAAAUCUUCGAUACCUUCGAUGAAGCAACACAACCCUAUGCCAUUGGAGAUCUCUGUAUUAUUACACCCACGCAACGGUAUCAUUCUUUUAUAAAAUUCUCCCUCAUAUAUAUGGAUCCUACAUAUCUUAUGGUUGAAUUAGUGUGCGUUAUGAUAAUACAUACGUUGCUUCAUUUCAUUCGUCGCUUGCAGUUUUUCCGCGUUGGCAAAGUAUUUCAUUACAAUCUCCUGACAUCAUACACGGAACCAAAUUAUAUGUCAAAUCAUUUGGCAGUGGUGCAUACAGCUCGCUUGCCACGUUUAAUUUCGUUGAGAAUUUUGACAUUUUUAACACUCAUCUGGUCGCUGUGCAUUCUCACACAGUUCACGGUGAAUUUGAAUUCCUUCAUAACAAAGCCAGUAUUGGUGGCGAGUCCGAAAACGUGGCAAGACUUCAAUGAAAAUGGUUACAAAAUACUAUUGAGUAUACCGUCAUAUAAAUAUAUUUCCACUUAUUGUGGUGAAUUGUGCGAAGAUAUGGAAGACGCAGUGGAGUACGACACAUUUGAGGAAAUGAGUCCCGAAUCCCUUCAUCCGUUCGCCGCCGCGCUUUUGGUAGACACUGACGCUGCAAUAAGUGAACACUUAAACCGAAUAUGUCGCAGUGUGGCUUCACUGAAAAUUCUCUCCCAAUAG